AUGGUGGAAAUUGCUCAUGUUGACCCUUCUCAAAAAACUGAUGAUGCUUCAUCUCAACCCUUGUUGAAGAUUCAAAGUUCUAAUUAUAGGGUGCAACCAGAUGUUACAAAAUACCCAGAAGAAUUGAAGAUGCUGAUUGUUUCUCUCAAUCAUUCAUUUCUUUCAAGCGUGAUGGCUACUUCUUUCUUAGUGCCGAUGACCUGGUUAUCCUUAGAAUGUUCUACAACUGUCUUCAAUAAAACAUCCAAUGUGGUUACAUUCCAGUUAACCAAUAACAAGAAGUAUAAGCUUACAAAGAAACAAUUCGCUCAAGUCUUCAAGAUUCCCACUGCUGAACCUUAUUAUGAGGUUACCAAUGAACAAGUGAUUCACAUGUUCAAUAACAUAGGUCAUCAACCCCACUCACCAAAAUCAGAAGGGAUUCUUGUUCCAUCAGAUGUUCCCAAAGAAGAGUUUACCCUCUAUCAACAUCUCAAGACUGUUGAAGAUGAUUCUGAGGUAUUUCCUACUGUUGCAAGAAUUCUGGAUGCCAUGCUUCAAAAUGUAGAUCCGACGAAUCCUGUUCUUGUUUCCUAUCUUACCACUAUCAAUCCUAAUGUUGAAGUCGGGGUAUUACUACAAAAAUUAAUUAGAGGGACUUCAAAGCAUGAAAAAUCCAUUCAUGAUGAUAAUCCAAAAGAUGAUGAUCUUAUGGUUUCAUUUGUUGAAAUCCAAUUUGAUCCUGAGGAGGAAAAUAUUCCAGAUCACAUGCUUAUGACUGUUAAGAAAGUGAAGGAGGAUGUCAAUUUCAAAGUUGAGGAGAUCCAUACUAAGAUGACGAAGGAGGUUUUUAAACUUGAUAAGAAUUAUUCCAAUCUUCAUACUAAGGUUGAUAUAAUUGAUGAUGCUGUUAAGAAGGUUGUUGAGUUCUACAAUUCUCUUAUCACCAAGGUUGAUACGAAUUUAGAGUCUGAUUCUAAAUUUGUUGCAAACCUGGAAGAGUUAUUAGGAAGUUUGAAGGAAUCUUUGUCAAAACUUGAUGUUUCUCCUUCAUAUUCGAUUUCACAGAGUCUCUUUCAAAGUUGUUUUCUUCAUUUAAAGCUAAUCUUAUGGCUGAGAUUGUUCCGCUUUUGCAUUUGGUGA